AUGCCGCGGGUUGCGAAAAAUUAUCCGUUUAAGGUGCGAAGGUGGAGGAUGACUAUUAUUAGUAUUAUUAUUGCUUUGCAAGACCAGGGGAAGUUCCUGUUAUUUCUCGCAUAUGCACGGAUCAUUGUACUUCUGUAUCUCGAUGCCACAUCAAAACACCCCCCACCCCUCCCACAUUUAGAGCGCGCGACAUUUCCCGCUCUCAAACGAAAAUGGUGGAGAAAGACCAAGGGCCAGCAGAAGGUUAAAAAACACUGGGAGAAAUUCACCGCUGUCGAUAAUGUGGAUAGACAUAUUACUCUGCACUUUGGACCCGACUUCCUAAUCAUGGCAACCACUAUUCCGCAAUUCGAAUAUGCACCGCAGAAGACAUCAUGGCUGAAGCGCGAUGUGCUGCUCUUUGCAAACACCAUUGGUUGCCAGCCGAAUCGGGAGCUUCAUUUCCUCUAUGAACUACAUCCUAACUUCCAAACUUUCCCUACAUAUCCCAUCGUGCUAACUUUUAAACACACGGACAUUGACACUGUUGACUUCCUCGCACGGAAUGCAUCACGCGCUCUGCCUCCGGGCUGCCCUAAGCUAGACUGGGGCGUAGCCGUCGACGGGGGACGCGGGAUGACAUUCUUGCGACCCUUGCCUCCAUCAAGCGAGGGCAGAACUUGGGAGAUUCAUUCAAAAGUGCUAAAUGUCUUUGAUAAGGGACCAGGAAAAGGAACAGUAAUGGAGAUUGAGCAUGUUCUGAAGCAGAAGGAGAGCGGGGAGGCGUAUACUCGCUCUUGGGAAAGUGUGUUCUUUAAAGGGACUGGAGGUUGGGGUGGAGAGCGGGGCCCCAAAAUUACACGGUAUCCUCCCCCAAGUCCAACAAGAAAGCCGGACGCGGUAUCGACUUUCCAAACACACGCGGAAACAGCACAUCUCUACCGCCUUAGUGGUGAUUAUAAUCCGCUUCAUGCCAUUCCGGAGCCUGGGAAAGCUCUAGGCUAUGAAGGAGUUAUUAUGCAUGGACUGUUCAGCUGGAAUGUUGCUGCCCAAAGAGUCCUCUCUCGAUAUGGUGACAGCGACGGCCCACGUCUGCGUGACUUUGAGGCAAGAUUUGCUGCGCCGGUAAUACCGGGAGAUAAGCUGGAUAUCCUCAUGUGGGAUAUGGGAGUGUCGAAUAGAGCAGUGGACAUAUGUCAAGAAAACGAGACGCUACGCGAAGUGCGAUUCGUAGUGAAGGUUGGAGAAACUGUUGUAUUAUCUGAUGGAAGAGCGUUGUUGACCAAUAAUAUUAAAGACUCUGCUGAUUGCAAGUUAUGA